UAUACAUAAUUUAGGCGAUAGCAUAUAAUGAAUAUUCGCCUGGGAACAGGUUUUGUGUGGUUGACGCUCGGCUUUGUUCACACUUAUCUUCCACUCUUGCGGUCCAUUCUAAUUCUAAUUCUUGUGGUCGAGUCGUGAUGUCAAAGAUUAAGCGAUUCCGCCUGCUUAUCAUCGGCAAGACAGGGUGUGGAAAGACGACGAUCCUCACUAAAGUAUGCGGCGAAGACGUGGCCGAUCGACCCAGCGAGGCGCGCGGUGUGCAUGAUAUAGAGCGAGAGCUCGUGUUUCGUGAUAACAAUAAGCUGAUUGUGCAUGACUCCGAAGGGUUCGAGGCCGGAAAAAAACAUGAAGUCAAUAUAGUAUCCGACUUCAUCGAGCGUAGAUCAGCGAUGGAGGACAUCAACCAGCGAUUGCAUAUGAUAUGGUAUUGCAUGGAAACCAAGUCGCGACCAAUACAGCACGCGGAACGCGAAUUCUUCUCAAAUCAGAAGCAAGUCCCUGUCAUCGCCGUAUUCACGAAGUUUGAGAUAUUUGUCCAGGACGUUCUCCAGGAGCUGGAAGAAGCGACAGACGAGGAGGAGCAAGAUGACGAACUGGAGAUACAAGCAGCGAAGACCGCUGAAUCUCGCUUCAACGGAAAUCAUCGUGCACAGCUUGAAGCUUUGCCAUUUCCUCCGAAGGCAAUUGUUACCCUCUCGCGCACUCAUGUGUCGAGGCCAGAGGAUUCUCGUCUGAGCGAGCUUCUUCUCCAAACAACAACAGCAUUAAGCUCUCCCAACGACGACCCGGCAAUAUCGCCCGAGAGGCGUAAAGAGCAACGCGAGCUCAGAGACCUCUUUGUGACCGCCCAGGUGGCGGACAUUCAAUUGAAGGUUGAGUUCGCAAUAGCAGCAUGUAUGGAUAGGGGUUACGGCGCGCUAUGGAGACGCCCCAUUGACAGGAAGGAGAUGAUAGAUUUUUGGAAUAUCGGUUGUUCAAGUUGCAAUCCUAGGGCGUUCGCCUUGCUCGAUAGUCAACUGCAUCAGCAUGUCGAUUUUAGCCCGCGUAUCGUCGGGCAUCCUAAAUCGCAGGACUUGGAACACAUCCUGCAAUGGAAUGAACAACUUCGGAUGUGUGCUCAGCUCGAGCAACUGGUUAUAGAUAGCGUAAUCAUCAUGAAGCACAUAUUCUUACUGCGCACAAAGGACAGUGACGUGGUAAAACGACUUAUCGAGUGGUACGACUCGCAAAGUACCACAGCGAAGCGGGUUCGCGAGGUGCUCGUGGACGAACACAGCCGAAACCCACAUGCUCAAACCGGGCUAAACCCUCAAAAGCUUAUCGCACUUGUCAACACCUUGGAUCUAGAGGUGCCACACAUUGUUUUGGCCACCGCGGAUGCCGAGCCUUCACAAAUGGUUUCGUCCAGGCUAGGACUCUGGCAUGACUGCAGCAGGUGUUGAGCUUCCACAGACAGUUAUGUCCGCACCUGACGUCGAUCUGGUUGCGGCAGAUGUCAAGCCUCGGAGGACACUUCUGUCCAGCUUCCCCAAGAGGGAUUGGAAUAAGCGCAAAUAACACCAUGUGAAUCACCCUUCCAUCUCGAAUUUUGAUGUUGAGCGCAUGCCAGUGUAGCGUCGGCCUACAUACAUGUAAUUAUGACCCUGCAGAACUCUCCACGUUCUCAGCUUGCCCCUCGAGAGAACCAGCUGUGCACCGAAGAGAUUGCGCUUCUGUGAGGGUAGCGAGUCCGCUGAGUCCGAGUGACCACUGCGUAGCUGUGCAAUGCACAAAAUGGUUCGGUGACUCGGAGGCCGCCCAUGCUGAAAAAUCUAGCGAAUCGCUGAUU